AUGAUUAUUGUGUGUGGGCGUGGGGAACGAAGUGGUAAAGCUCGCGGCGAAGGUGAGUCUCGCUCAUCUGGAGCGAGCUUGCAGUUUCCAGUGGGUCAGAUCCGUCGUCUGCUCCGCAGCGGUAAUUAUGCGGAGCGCAUUGGGGCUGGUUCGUCUGUGUAUUUGGCAGCGGUGUUGGAGUCCCUAACGGUUUAUAUCUUGGAGUUGGCGGGCAAUGCCUGUCACGACGACAAGGGGACGUGCAUUAGUCCGGGCCACUUGCAGUUGGCAGUCCGCAAUAAUGAGGAGCUUAACAAUUUGCUGGGUCGUGUGGCUAUCGCUCAGGGUGGCGUUUUGAACAGCCACGCCGUGCUGCUGCCCGGGAAGACUGAGAGCCGCCAUCAGAAAGUGCAGAGCAAGUAA